AUGGGUACAGGUCCUGAUAAACAUACGCCAAAUAUAACCACGUCCAAGAUAGAUGCUUUACGGACGUCAGCUGAAAGACUGCAACUAGUCAAGUCGUUCGUAAGCGCUUUCGACGAGGAGAUGAUCAAAGCAAACAGAACCGCGGAUUACAGGACACUGUCCCGGAAGAUCAUGGAUAUAACAUCAGUCUACAACAAAUUGGACCUCAACAAUGCAAAACUUAAUAUUUCCGGUAUAGAGUUGUCCGCUGAAGACCUGUUGUGGCUUGGCAAACAGGUGAAGGAGGGCUCGAACCAACCGAUGACAUGGACAGAGUACUGGGACUUGAUUGUGGUUGUUGACACCACUGCGACCGACUUUCUGAUGCAGGUAAGUGAAACCUACGCUGAAAUGCUUCGAUACAGUGUGAAAACCUGGCCGUCCAAUAAAACAAUGACUAUUAACUCGAUCGACACAAUCAGCCGAGCAUUGGCCGCUACGUUAUCUAACAAGGACUACACCAACAUGAACACUACUAUACUGGCCUCUGAAGUAGCGAGUAUAAUGGCGGACAAUCUAGCCAGAAUGGUCACCCAAAGGACGUUCCCAAACACGGAACAAAUAAACUCAGCCGUUCAGGGGGUAAUUUCUUUAAUACAGAAAUGCCUUUACAUCCUGCAAACAAUUCUGACACCAAAUAUGCCCCAAGAUCCGACAGUGGAUGUUAUGCGGAAUUACCUGGAAUACAUGAAGAUAUUUACAUCUGGGGGAACCGCCGCGUUUAGUCUUCAAGAGCAAACGUUUCUCGUUCAAAAACAACUGCAGAAGUACUUUGUGCAAAAGGUCUUGAAGUCCAAAGCGUCUCAAACAGCUUUGCCGUAUCUGACGUUGGCGCUCCGCAAACUGAUGGACUACCUUGCCCAGCUUAUCCAGAUGGGAGACGAGCAACUGGUCCUGGAAGACGAGGAAUACGUCUUUAUUUCCGUCGAGAAAAGAUCAGUCAAAGCCGUGGCUGGCACACAGCUGAAACGACCCCGUGUGAACGUUGAUCUCACUGGUUUAACGACGACACAUGGCCUGGUGAAAUGUAACGCCAGUCAAGUUACGUUUAAGACCAUCAUUUUCAAGAAAAACCCUUACUUCUGGGGUGAGUUCGCUGACCGGAUCACCUCGUAUGUUCCCGUGCUGCAGAUCGACGGAGCCGUGUUACCCAAUGCAAGAGUUACAUAUUCUUUUCAAAACAAAGUCGAGGCCGCGUGCAACGACAAAACGCCGACAUACAAAGAAGACAAUCUAGACAAGAUAAUCUACAUGGUGUUCGAUAGGCAACACGCUGCAGACGACAUCUUGUUCUUCAUUCGACCCAACACCACUGGCUUGAAAUACGAUGUUUACUUAAGAAUCGCAGAAAAGCCAAAUCUAAAGGAGAAGAAAUUCGACUAUCAUACGGCCAUGAAAACCGACCAUUGGACCAAUGAGGACGGGUACAAAUUGCUCAUCAAGUCGAGCGAGUUUGCAGGGACCGGCAAAAUAUGGAUUGCUCUGAAGCCUUUGCUGGAACAAGGUUCAGAUGAUACAUUGCUGAAGAGUAAAUUCUGUGCCAACGUCACCAGCGUCAGUUGUCUAGAAUGGAUACAGAAGAAAGCCGUCUGGGACAAGGACAAGUGCAGGGUAUCUCCGACCUGUACUCGCUCGGUGACGGUGUGCGAUUGCGAUAAUAGGAUGCUAGCGAGCGGCGAGCCAAUGACUGUCGGGACAACAUCUUACGUACCUCUUAGCGAGAUUGACUUUGACAACAAGGUUGUCGACGAGCUAUCGAUUGGGCGCGGACCGGUGAUUGGCGUUAUUAUCGUUUUGGGCUCCUUAUAUGUUCUCUUCGCUUUAUGGGCCUGGCGGGAAGACCAGAAAGAUAAAUAUAAGUGGUCGUACUCACUCCUAAUUGACAACGAUAUCGCCGACAACGCCUUCUACAUAGUGAGCGUGUACACGGGUCUGCGGUCGGCGUCGGGUACGAACUCCAAGGUCGGCUUCAUCCUGGUCGGAGAGGACGGGGAAACCGACAUCCGCCGAUUGGACGACGACUCCCAUGUUGGAUUUGAGAGGGGAAGUGUGCGGACGUUCGUCAUGAGCACAAGACGAUACCUGGGCGAGCUGAUAUGUCUGCGCAUCUGGCAAGAUGACAGCGGCGGUAACAACUCCUCCUGGUUUCUCAAUAAGGUGGUCGUCACUGAUCUAGCUGACCGCGCACGGUACAUAUUUGUGUGCAAUCGUUGGUUUGACUAUGACACCGGAGACAAAAAGGUGGACCGGUUAUUGACGGCGACGCGCCACCACCGCUCCUUCACGGAAUUUAUCUCGUACACUGUCGCCGAGCAACACCUCUGGUUCUCCGUAUUUCUGCGACCGAUACGGAGCAACUUUACACGUGUACAGCGUUUGUCGUGCCUGCUUGGAAUGAUGUGCAUCACAAUGAUUGUCAGCACUAUGGUUAUUCGAACUCCAAAUGAAAACACGCGUAUUAACGAAGUGAAGAUAGGCCCUUUCCGGUUCUCGCUGGAAAAUGUACAAGCGGCUUUAAUAUCAUUAGCAGUAGGUACUGUAGUGGUUACCAUCGCUUCCUUCUUUUUCAAAAAUGCUGAAAACAAUGAAAACAAACGAUAUCGGUCCUGGGUUCUUGACAACUACAGAAAGGCGAACGCAAGGUUUAAGUUCGACCCUUCGAUUGUGGGUCGCGACUUUGCGCCUCCGGCGGAAGACGCGCUACAAUACAAUUACAUCUUCCUUCCGCAUGUCUGCAUCUACGUGGGCUGGACGAUACUGGUGAUGUCGGUGGUUGUUGCGAGUUCCCUCAUAGUGCUGUACAGUGAGUCCUGGAAACUGAUGAAGUCAGAAGACUGGAUGACAAGUUUCUUCAUCUCUUGCCUAUGCUCCAUGUUUGUGACUGAAGUGAUCAAGGUGGUGUGUUUCAUGUUGGUGUACGCCAUGAUGUGUCCGAGAGCGUACGAGCCACCUGAUCCCGAGAUGGACAUUGACAGCCUGGAAGAGAUCACGAAGCGAAACUCCGCCACAUUGAACAUAGGACCGCACUUUCAGGGAGUAUUGCCGCUUCCCAAGAUACCGGACGAGAAGACUCUGAUGAACAACCAGAUCAAUCGCAUCCGUAACCAUCAGCUAAUAAAGAUUCUGUUCCAGCUGGUCGUCUACAGCGGUCUCCUGUACAUCGUGUACAAGAUCAGCUACGAAAGUCGUGAUCCCAGAUCAUUCUACCUAAAGAACCACGUCAGCGAAAUGUUUACUUUUAACAAAGUGACUGACCUUAAAUCAUAUACCACAUGGUUUGACGAACAAUUCAUUAACAACUACUUCUCUAAGACCUACUAUGGCGCCAGCCCAGAUACAGAAACGCAACCAUAUACGGAAGAUCUCGUGAAUUUCCGUGUCGGUCCGGCGCGUCUUCGUCAGUUAAGAAUCACACCAGAACCCUGUAUAGGACCAUUAGCCACCAAAACAGUAUGCCACAAUCGAUUUGUCGAGAAAAAGAAACAAACACACGACUUUUGCAAGGGUUGGGUCCUUUUCCCUUGUCCAGAGACGGAAAAAUCCACUUCACUUACAUCGACGGCCUGGCUGUACAAGUCCUCAGACGAGGUUUGGGGUUUUACCACAAUCGCGGAUUAUAAUUCAUACGCGGGUGGUGGAUAUUUCAUGAAACUGGACGUCAACAGCGACGUAAGCAAGAAGAUUUUUAGUGAACUGAAAGAAAACAAUUGGUUUGAUAACAUGACAAGAGCUGUUAUACUGGAGUUUUCUCUGUUCAAUGCAAACGCCAAUCUUUUUGUGUACGCAAAAUUUGUCGCUGAAUUUCCCGAAAUGGGAGGAUUUUUGCCGUAUUCCACAGUCAGCGUUCUCCGACUAUUUCUGCAUUCUGGACCAGAUGGAGAUUUUAUUAUGAUUCUCGAGUUGGUAUUCGUACUUAUAAUGUUCUUCGCGACGCUCGGCAUCGCCUAUCAGCUAUUCACGGACCCGAAGACGUUUAUCAAAUCGAUUUGGAACAUUCUGGACAUUUUGGCACUCAUAAUGAGCUAUGUGUCGACUACUAUGUUUGUGAUAAAACUAGGUAUCAUUACAAAAACAAUUAAAGUGUUCCGGGAAGACAAAAAUGAGUACAUUGGAUUUGAAAACUUGGAAUUCUACGAUUAUUUCACGAAUGCCACAUUCGGGAUUCUGGUGUUCAUUCUGUCUGUUCGCAUUUCAAGGAUUUUGGGAUACAGUGGGAAAAUAAACGAAAUGGCUGCUGUGAUUUGCAAUGCGGCGGACGAUCUGCGCGGUUUUCUUUGCGUAUUCAGUAUCGCCACGUCGGCCUACCUCAUCUGCGGAACCCUCUUGUUCGGACGAGACGAAGGCAGAUUUAAAACCUUUUUCGAUUCCUUCGGAACGAUUACAGAAACUUUCAUCGGCAAGAAUAAAGUGACGGAUAUAAUUAAGUCACAGCCAAUCUAUGCAGAGAUUUACUACGCCACGUUUCUUCUACUCGUCCUGAUGACGCUGGUCACAAUGGCUGCUGCCAUCCUUAACUUCAGUAUCGCAGACGUGAGAGAGGAGGCGGCGAAGCUGGCUCCCACAAACAUUAUGGAGUUGAUUUGGGACCGGAUUGUGGUUCUUGCUGGCAAAUUGCAGGGACCCAAAAAGGCGAAAAAAGCUUCAGUUGUGCGGCGCGAUUCUGAAAGCGAGCUUCGAGAGAUUCUGGCAGACCUGCAUCUGUUCAUCAGUAACUUGAAAAAAGCCAAUAGGUAUCGACUGACUGAUCACGAAGAGGAAGUGCCUGUCGUUCACACACAAAACAAUGUAAGAAAAACUAAUACGUCUGGAAAGUGACGAGUGAAACAGAGAUUCUAGAGUUCGUGGAAAUAAAUAAUACAAUACAAUAUUGCUGUAUGCUUGGUUGCAAGGAACUUUAUAUUGUUCUUCUGUACUCUUUUAUUUAUUUCAUAUUAUAAUGUUGUACCAAUACAAAGGAAUUAACUUUUUAAAUUAAAGAUAGGACGAUGCUUAAAUGCGCGCUGUACUCCCUUGAAUAUGAAAUUGUGUUCAAUGUCAUAAGACAUAUUUUAAUGCAAGUAUUUUACGCGUUUUCUGUAUUUUUUUUAAUGUGCAUAAUGAUUGUCACAACUACUGUGGCGACUCUGUAGCCAGGUUAUUAUCAAACACGUCGAAAAUUAGAUGAAAUACUGUAAUGAUUAUAAAAUGACGUAAACAUAUAAUAUUGUUGGCUUUUAUAACGGACUUAAAUUGCAUCGCCUUUUUGUCAAAACGACAAACUUGACAGUUCAUGUUACGUAUGCAGUUGUGGUUAUUUAUUCUAUUUGUUUGUACAGUUUGUAUUUACUUCGUAUGUUUUUAGUUUUUACCUACUUGCAAUUUAUUUUAUACGAUACUUUCUAUAAGUAUUUUAGAAAAUUAGACGUUCACACGCUUGCUUUAAAACGAUUUA